AGCUAUCAUUCAUUCAAUUCAAAACAAUAGAAAUGGCAAAUCCUAGGGUUUACUUCGACGUUACAAUCGGCGGAGCUCCGGCCGGCCGAAUUGUGAUGGAGCUGUACGCAGACACCACACCUAAGACGGCAGAGAAUUUCCGCGCACUCUGCACCGGAGAGAAAGGCAAAAGUAAGAAGAGCGGCAAAGCACUGACCUACAAAGGAUCGUCGUUUCACCGUGUGAUUCCCGGAUUCAUGUGUCAGGGAGGAGAUUUCACCUUCGGAAAUGGAACCGGAGGCGAAUCGAUCUACGGUAAGAAGUUUCCCGACGAGAAUUUCGUGAAGAAACACACCGGUCCAGGUGUUCUGUCAAUGGCGAAUUCAGGACCGGGGACGAAUGGAUCGCAGUUCUUCCUGUGCACGGCGAAGACUGAAUGGCUUGACGGUAAGCAUGUAGUGUUUGGACAGGUUGUUGAUGGAAUGGAUGUUGUGAAGGCGGUUGAGAAAGUUGGAUCGUCUGGCGGUAGGACUUCGAAGCCUGUUGUAAUUGCUGAUUGUGGUCAGCUUGUUGCUUAAAUCUUUGAUUGAAUGCUGCUUAUAGAUUGAUCUAUCUAUCUAUCUAUGAUCUAUCUAUCUAUCGAUUAUGCUUUGAUUUCAUCUUAUGUUAUUAAUGGUUCUUGGCUUUGUUUGCUAAGACUAAGAAAUUGUGAUAUGAUGCUAAAUUGCUAAUGGUGAAAAUAAACUCAUACUUCAUUAUUAUUAUUAUUA